GCAACAUGGUAGAGUGGUGUUUACCCCAAGAUAUUGAUUUGGAAGGUGUGGAAUUCAAAUCCAUGGCAAGCGGGUCCCACAAAAUCCAGUCGGAUUUCAUUUACUUCCGGAAGGGGCUCUGUUUUGGGCUGGCCUGCUUUGCCAACAUGCCUGUGGAGAGCGAGUUAGAGCGUGGUGCCCGCAUGAAGUCUGUGGGAAUUCUCUCCCCUUCCUACACCCUGCUGUAUAGGUACAUGCACUUCCUGGAGAACCAGGUCAGACACCAGCUAGAGAUGCCAGGGCACUACUCCCAUCUAGAGGCGUUCUAUGAUGACAAGAAAGGGGUUCUCCCUGACAGCAAGGGCACCCCCACCUCUCAGCAACCUGUACACUGGCUGCCGUCCAUCCACAGAUACAUGUACCCAGAGAUGAAGAUCACACACCCUGCUGGCUGUAUGUCUCAGUUCAUCAAAUUCUUCGGCGAGCAGAUCCUUGUCCUCUGGAAGUUUGCCCUGCUGCGCAAGCGCAUAUUGAUAUUUUCACCGCCCCCAGUCGGAGUUGUCUGCUAUAGAGUGUACUGUUGCUGUUGCCUCGCCAAUGUUUCUCUACCUGGCCUCGGAGGAACUGUCCCAGAGUCCAAACCGUUCUUCUACGUGAACGUGGCAGACAUAGAAAUGCUGGAGACAGAAGUAUCAUAUGUGGCCUGUACAACAGAAAAGAUCUUUGAGGAGAAACGGGAUCUCUAUGAUGUCUAUGUGGACAACCAGAAUGUGAAGACACAUCAUGAGCAUCUGCAGCCACUCCUGAAAAUUAACAAUGCUGACAAGGAGAAGUACCGACGGCUCAACGACCAGAGGCAGAUGUUAAUGUAUUCUCAAGAAGUGGGUGAGGACUGUAGCUCCUGUGAAGAGGACCUUUUCAUCUUGUUUUUCAUGGAGCAGAACAACCGCAUAUUUCAGACGCUGAUGGAGGUGUCAGCCAGCCAGGACAAGACCCUGACAGCUGACCACGCACGAGGCAUGGGCCUGGAUCCCCAGGGGGAUCGAAGUUUCCUCAUGGACCUGCUGGAAGUGUAUGGCAUUGAUGUUAUGCUGGUCAUCGAUAACCCCUGCUGCACUUAA